UCAUUCAGCUGAUUUGGCAGGAAGUCUACAAAAUUUGGUCUGCACCACCAUGAUGUGAUCAUUCAGUCAUGGGGACUCAGCUUUACCUGUGCGUGAUAAUCAUUGCUGUUUAUGCAUCAGCAGUUGCCAAUGCAGAGAUCGAAGUAGUUUGUGCAAAAGACUCAGUAAGAAUCACCUGGAAGAUCAGUGCCGAGUUGGUGCCAUACGCAGGUCGUCUCUUCCUGGGAAGCUGCAUGCCAUCUAAGUUGACUGUUUUGUCCACCGGACAGGGAGAAGUGCUCUUCAACUACAAGUUUUCUGACUGCAAAUUUAAAAGACAGAUCAAAGGAAAACGUCUCCUCUAUCAAACUGAGCUGACUUACAGGCCGCAGCCAAAGUCCAAACCUGCAGCCUUUGUGUAUCCUAUUGAGUGUGUUUAUGAAAGACCUGAGAGGUGGAUUCCCCCUUUCCUGAACCCUGGAUCAGGUACUUCUGAAGGUCGAGGAGGGCUGGUCUUCCACAUGGCACUCCUCAAUGAGCAAUUAACAAAUGUAGCAAAGACAAAUGUCAUCCCCCUGGGCUCGUUCAUGCCAAUAUGGGCGGCAGUGGAGCAGAAGUCUCAUCAACCCUUGCUGCUGCUCAUGGAGGAAUGUGUGGCAGCCAGUACACCAGAGCUGCAGCCUAGCAGCCAGGUUUACCCCAUCAUCAGCAAUAAGGGGUGUCUUUUGGAAAGCAUGGUGGGAAACUCUGUGUUCCUCCCUCGGUACCACUUGUCUGCACUCAUCCUUUACCUGCAGUCCUUCAAGUUCGGUCUUCGAGAGGUGUACAUUCACUGUAAGCUGGUUGCAUGGGAUCCUGAGGUUGUUGACGAAACCAAGAAAGCCUGCAAUUAUGUAAAGGAAGAUGGGAG